AGUCAAGGUAGGGUCAAGGUGGUUCAAACUUUGAGUCAUGUACAUAGAUUUUAGAACUUAUUGGAACAAGUACAAAAUUGAGUAAAUUAGAUAAUUGAAUUAGUCUAGAGAUAAGAUAAACUUCGUCUAGGAAUUAAAAUAUAUGAUAAAACAUGAGACAUUUGAGUUCAUGCAACAAGGACAUACAAAAAUGCAUGAGAAAUAAUGCUGAUAUCGAACAGCUGCCAAGUGUCGAGUCUGGCUUAGCGUGCAAGUCAUCUUUCUCGUGCCGCUGACCUUCUUCUUUUUUGCGAGGUUGACAUCCUCCGCUCCUAACGACCUUGCCCGAGCUGUUGAGCUUAUCAUCAACGCUGGUUGCAUGCUUGUGAUGUACGCGUUUAUAAAUGAGUUGCAGGGGGAGGAAGCAGCCAAACGGGUAGGGCAAGAGAAAGCAUAUUGUGGUCAAAAGGUUUAAAUAAUUUUGCUCAUUUUUCUGUUUCCAUGCUUAACAAAAAAAAUAUGUGUAAGAAUUAAUCCUGAAGAAAAGACACAAAUGCAAUUUGAUAAAAUUUCGGAAAUUUUAAAAAUUCAAAUAAAGCUUGAGUCACGGUUAAAAUUUUCACACAAUUCUAACCAUACAUAAGUACACUCUAAGAAAUUGGGUGAUCGGCGUUAUCACCGCGCGAGUGGAGAUAGCGAGCAUCACCGUAAUGGUGAUAAACCUAUCACCGAAAUUUGUCACCAUUGCUGGUGAUCGUCACUACCACCACAUCCUGGUGGUAGCUUCGCUAUACACGUGACUUGCAGAGGGGCAAGUUUGUCCUACUCCACGUACCAGAAACAGCAGCGGAGUUGCAAUGGUAAAAUUACUUCGUAUUUCAAAGUUUAAGAGGAAAAAAAUAACACCGUACCGAAACAGUUAUCGUGAAUUUAUUGACACAGGUAAAAAAUUAAAAGUUUAAACUUAGCUAAUUUUGGCCUAGUUGGAGAGAAAUUUAACUUGGAUGUGGAUCUGGAGGAAUGUGCAGAAAUUGAAGGAUUUUGACGAGGUAAUAUUUGCAUAAAAUUUAGUUGCCUAUUUGUUGAAUCUGUACAUAAUUAAUUACGUAACAUAUUUUUUUCUCAUUGGUCGGCCAACUGUAAUCAAUCUGGAGUCUAUAACUCACGAAUGUGGUCACUGGUUGCACUUCAAAAAAUCUCGAUAGUACAACGGAAUCUCUGCAAAUAAGUAAAUAUGUGGCAAAGUUGUUUUAACGGUAAGGAUAAAUCAAUAAAGUCAGAUAUUUUGACCAAUCUAAAUGAAAGUUAAUUAUGUAUUUUAAACUUUAAUUGAUUUCAGUCAGUGUCCUAUGUCGUGACUGGAAACUAUUCACAACUUCAAUUGCUGGUGAAAUUCCACAAUGGCGAGGGACAAACGUUUUACAUGUAUAAAUACAUAUAAAAUAUUCAUUAUCUGUGAAAUUAUUUGAAUAAAGCAAUAAAUUGUGAAAAAUGCGACAUUUUGUACGAAGUACCGAAAUUAUUUUUAUCUAUCACCAGACAGUGAAAAGGCGAGCUAAUUAUGGUGGUGAUAUGUCACCGUGCGGUGAUAAAAAAUUUUAAUCCUUCUACCACUACCCGGUAGACGUGUAUCACCAUGAUGGUGAUCGCACUUUCUAUCACCGCGCUGUGGUUGGUGACCACCAUUGCGGUAGAGUCACAUAUAGUCACCGCUUGGUGACAGUCCGGUGGUAAAAUUUCUUAGAGUGUACAUAUAAUUAUAUUUUAUUUCAUAUUUUUAGCUGGGUAAAUUAAUUGGAGUUAUGUAUAAUUAAGUUAAAUUAGUCGCAAAUUCGGUUAAUUACAUAUUCACUCGUGGUAAUAAAAAGUCCAUCAAAAUAUUUAUUUGCAUUAUUUUAUUAUGAUUUACUCGGUAAAUGAUUUACUCGGUCAAUCAAUGAUACUCUUCAUCUCGUCGACAUGGACGCAUUUGUCCAGGUCCUAGGCUACACUCAAGCUGCGGAAAAGAAUGACACUUGCAUCACACUUUUUCGUCCUUGCCAUUGAUGACUAGAAUUACUUAUGCGAAUCCGGGUCACGGUACUUGACAAGGAUAAGAGCGGAUUUAUCGAUACAUAAAUGCAUACGAAUUCGAAUCUGUCAUUCCAUUAUUGCUCAGACAUGAUCCAUGUUUCCCACAAGUAAACUUUGACAAGUUUGACAAGUGGUGGAAGCUGACACAAAUAAGGAAGGGAAAGUUAGCAUUGCACAGGCUGUCGAGUCGUUUAACAAAAAUGCCAAAAAAUGAAUAAACAUUAAUUUGUAAAUGAUACAUGCAUAUUCGUUUAUUGUUACCAUUUUGGAGAAUUUUGUGCUGAAAUUUCUAAGCACUUCAAAAUAUAUUAGUAAUUGACAGAGUUUUGAAAUUCCGAACAGGAUCAAUACCCCGGUGUGCCACAAAGGCUCUUGAAACAGUUGGCAAGUAGUCGCCACCGGCGGCAAAGAGUCGCAGAUUUUGCCGACAUCCAGCCGAGUACUUGCCACCGCUUUCCCGCCGCCAUUUUCACUCGGCAAACCAGUGUAUUUGCCGGACUUAAUCUGUCUACUUGCCGUCGACGGCCCAUCCCAGGCCAUAGCAAGCUUUAAAUGGUAUUUAAGAUUUUGCUUCUGGCCACAUUCUUGCCAACUACGGCCCGACUCGAAUGAGAUACCAAAAUGCCCCAACUCUUACUUAAAGUAGAGGAAACUUAAAAACCUCCACACCGUCAACAUUCUGUCCAUCAAAUCAGUAUUUUGUCUUUAUUCCAUUAAACGUACUUUGUCAUGAUUAAAUUUGCAGUAGUUAUAUUUCCCGACGAAGAUAACGCCAUUGACGUUAUAUCGUCAUCUUGGAUUCUUCCGCCACUUAUUGCAAAUGGGGGGACCCAAGUGAAGAACUGCAGAUAUCCACCAUCAAAAGUUCGAGGUGCAAAACUAGCCAAACUUGUUUGCAAUCAUCAACCCCCAUCUUCGGAUUGGUUGGUCUGUUCUUGUCGAGUUUUGAAAGAGUAUGGUAAGCAGUUUGUUGCAAAAAAGUAUAUGGCAAAACUAAUUACUUGCUGUUAUCUAUGUUAUUUUCUAGACAAUUAUUUGACCGCCCGUGAAGCAUCAAUUAGGGCGGAAGAAACUUCCAACUUGGAGCCAUCUUCCGUUGAGGAGGCAGAUUCUAGGCGAAUCCGAAAACGCAUACAAAACAAAGUAAAGCCGCCACCGUGUAAUUCCAAUAGCAACAAGCUUCAAAAAAUAAUUGCUGUAGCCGAAGAUUCUAGCGACGAAUCCAACACGUUGGAGGACGACAACCCGACAACUUUUUGCCUUGGAUUAGUUAGAGAAACAGCCGAUUUGGAAAGGGGCGGUUAUGAAGGUGCAGCUAAUGACAACACAUUAUUUGCACCACCUCAUGGACAAAUAGAAAUAUACCCAGGAGGAGGAGAUCAAAACACUUCCGCAACCCACCAGGCAGAGGAUGUCGAGUUUAAAAAUCAGUUCGUACAGUUUCUAGAGGAAAAUAGAAAAUUUCAAGAUGCGGUGAUUUCCAAGCUAGAAAUAAUUUCUAGUAAGUUGAAGCACAUUAAUCUUGGGACGACGUGUGCAAAAAAUAUUAAAUUGACUGGAGCCCCGCUACUGCCUUUAACCAGCAAGGAUGGUUUAGCUUCCCUCAUAACCUGGCUUGGUAUUGAUAAAAAUAGUGACCUAAUGAUCGAUUAUCUAAGUCUACACGGAGGAGAAAAUGUUUCUGCAGUAACCGGAAGCAUUCUUUCUGAAAUAUUUACGAACCAGUUCGCAACAGUAGUUAGCUUUACUGGACAAGGACAAAAAGCGGUUUGUGGCAUAAAGGACUCAAUAUUACCUAAAUUAAUCACAAAGUCGGUGCGGUCAAAUAAAGGCUUUAGCCAAGCAACAGAUUUCGAGGUGAAGCAGGCAAUAAUAAACUGGUUGAAGAACGCUGGUGACAGAGGUGGGGGUCGAGCAGCUCGUCGUCAACGUCAUUUGACAGGAUGAAUACAGUCACCCCGAGAACGGAAUUACGCCGCAGAAGAAAAGCAACAUCACGUAUAUUGCAAUUUAUUAGAAGUAAGACGAUAGGAAAUACUGUGCCGACAUUAUUAUUUAGUGAAGAAAUUGUAGAGCCACCAGUGAAUGUUCAAAUAGUUGAAACUGAAAUAAGUAGCGCUGAACCCUCAGAUUUUGUAUUAGACAACAGUCAAGUAAAUGUUGAGUCAGAUAUCAAUUUUCCUUUACUUUUGCCAGAUAGUCUUCGUCUGUGGGCUACAGCACAUAAUGUUACACAUAUGUGUCUCCGAGAACUGAUAACCAUUAUAAAUCCACAUAUUAACAAUAUUCUUCCUCUCGAUCCUAGAACAUUAAUGAAAACGCCACGACAGAUAGUUAUAGAAAAGCUAGGUGGAGGUGAACUAGUUUAUUUCGGUAUAAAAAAAGGUGUGGAAAGACGGCUAAAACUAAAAUUAUCGGAUUGCAAUUUUCCAAUUAUUAAAAAAUGGCAGCAUGAGUCUAUUUCGAAAAUUAUUUCAAUAUCAGUUGGUAUUGACGGGGUACCGAUUUCUCAAAGUAAUACUAAGUCGUUUUGGCCAAUUCUUGGUAUGCUGGACCAAGCUGUAGAUUCAAGGCCAUUUAUUAUUGGAUUAUUUUGCGGCAUGUCAAAGCCAAAAGAUACUUUAUUUCUUAAACAAUUUGUUGACGAAGCAUUAGAAUUAGAAAGGACUGGUAUUUUAUUUAAAGACUUACAAUUUGCAUUUAAAAUAUCUUGUAUAAUAGCUGAUGCACCAGCUAGAAGUUUUAUAAAAGGGUGCAAACAGCAUAAUAGCUACAACUCGUGUGAAAGAUGCGAACAGGAAGGUGAAUGGCUUGGAAGAGUAAUUUUAAGAGAGACAGUAUGUCCACAGAGAACGGAUGAUAAAUUUAUUAAAAAAACGGAUGCAGAUCAUCACACAUACGACAGUGAAUUGCUGAGAUUAAAUUUAGGCCUGGUGUCACAAAUAGUACUUGACCAUAUGCAUUUAGUUUUUCUAGGAGUAACUAAAAAAUUAUUGAACAUUUGGGUGAAAGGUAAAUUGCCGCACCGACUUAGUUCACAACAAGUUUUAAUUUUAUCUAGAAAUUUAAUUCGACUUAGACCUUUUGUAUCCCGUGAUUUUCAACGCAAACCUCGUGGGCUCGACGAACUAAAUCAUUUCAAGGCCACUGAAUUUAGACUUUUUUUGCUGUACUCUGGAAUAGCAGUAUUAGGCGAGACACUUCCACUAAAUAAGUUUAAAAAUUUUCUAAAAUUACAAGCAGCGAUGUCAAUAUUAUUAUCUCCUAAUGCAAGUAUAAAAUCGUGGAAUGAUGUAGCCAGGUCGUUGCUCAUACAAUUCGUAAAAGAAGUUGAAUUAAUUUACGGUCCAGAAUUUAUGAUAUAUAAUGUGCAUUCAAUUAUACACAUUUGUGAUGAUGCAUUGAAUUUUGGUAAUUUGUCCAGGGUCAGCGCAUUUCCUUUCGAAAGCUAUAUGCAGAAACUAAAAAGCAUGCUGCAUGCUAAAAAUUAUCACCUGAAUCAAGUAGCGAAACGCUUACAAGAAAUUGAGGCAAUUGAUUUUGCGACAAAAAUUAUGAAAUCUAGUACGCAACAGUUUUCUAAUAGUAAAUAUGAUAAUUGUUUCUACUUAGGAGAUGGUACUUAUGUAAUAUUAAAAUAUAUUAACCUAUCCAUAAAAUAUGCAGAGUUUUACGAGGUUAUAAAACUUGAUAAAUUUCCGGAAUAUCCAUUCAAUAGCUUAACCGUAAAUAUAUUUCUAGCUAAAAUUACGACUAAUGUGAGGAUUGUUAAUUACAGUGAAGUUAUGUAUAAAUGUUUACUUUUACCUUAUAAAAAUAUGUACUUGUGUUUACCACUUCUUCAUACUUUAAAAUAAAUAACAAAUGAAAAAGUAAAUAAUAUGUGCAAUUACUGGUGGCAUUUGGAUGGGUAUAAGCAUUUCCGCAGGUCUGAGCCAUGGUCUUGCCACCGGUGGCAAGCCGGUAUCAAGUUGGCGUGCCAACUGGAAUACGAAGUUGGCCCGUACGCGAUCGCCACCGCCAAGCCACCUAUGGCCAUUCGACAUUUCCUGCAGUUUGCCGACCCAUUUUGGCCGCAGCUGCGCCUACUGCGGCCCUGCUAGUUUGGCAAAUCGGGACUAUAUAUGUAUGUAAAUGUAUUAAAUGCGUAAAGUAAAUAUGAAAAGUGUAUUAAAGAUAAUAAAAAUGUCAACUACAUAGAUAAAUCUACUUUCAGGUAUCAGAUUCUGAUAUUAGUAAGU